AUGCAGAUGCAGCAGCAGCAGCCUGCGGUGCGCCUACGGAAAGCUCGCACGACCUCCGCAGACUUGCCAUCGGAGAAGUCGCCGUUGGGCACGAGACGGCGGCUGCGUUUCAAGGAGAAGGAGGACGCGGACACGCCCGCUGUGUAUCGCCGACGACGACGACUGGCCGCGCAUCUUGUGAUCAAGAGCUCUACGCGCGGCGGAGCGCAUCUCGAGGUGCUGAUGCCACCCGAGCCUGUGGGCGAUGCCAGCGCUGUGAUGGGGUACAUGCUACGAGACCCUCGGAAAGACAACGACAAGAGCAUGCUGCUAUCGUGGCAUGGCGUGCUGCCUGGACACCUCAAGAACACUGAACGUAAGUGUGCUCCGAAUUCGCCAUCGUUCUUGAUCAAACGUGUGACUAACUGGGAAAACAACGUGUACCUGAAGGACUACGUGCUCGACAUUGUGCUGACCAAGUCCAUGCACAAGAAUCCCAAGCGUACGACGGUCGUGGAGCUGGAGGCGCCAGGCUUCCGUCACCGCCGUGGACCUGGACGGCACCGCAAGAUCUCGGUCCACACUUGCCGCGGGCUCUCGGUCGUGCCGCGCUCGCCACUUUUCCCAUGCAAGUUGCCUGACUCAAAGAGUAAGACUUGGAAGCGCUAG